AUGGCGUCACAGAGCGUAUACGACAGUUUGCUGAGGUUCUCCCUGCGUCUGUACAAGGAAACCAUACGUAGCAACUCCAAAGUCGAUAACAUCGUAUGCUCGCCGCUGGUGAUCGCAGCCGGUAUCUCCACGCUGCUCGUCGGUGCCCAAAACAAUACCGCCAAGGAACUUUACGGCGUGCUUCAAGUCAAGGCAAGCGUCGACAGAUUGCGCGAUUAUUUUUCUAAACUCAUCGCUGACCUGACCACAUACGCUCCCUACGCCUCCAUCCGAGUGGCAAGCCGUACUUAUAGCGAGCAGCAGCUUCCGCUGAAAGCCAACUACGCUUCACUCGUGGAAAGCUUCUUCGCGACGACCGUCAAAUCCGUCGACUUCAGGCACAGCCACGAAGCGGCACGGCAAGAGGCGAACUCCUGGGUCUCGCAGCAGACGUCCUCCAAGAUUCGGGACCUAAUACCGCCGGGAAUCAUCAACGCCGGUACCUCGUCGAUCCUGCUCAAUGCCGUCUGCGUUCAGGCUUUCUGGCAGUCUCCCUUCCAGUGGAGAAAUACCAGACCCCAGACGUUUCACGUGGACUCCGAGAACAGCGUUGUGGUGGACAUGCUCUACCAGGACCGCAGCUACAAGAUGGCUCACUCGGAGGUUCUGAGGGCGAGGGCCCUGGAGAUACCUUGCAAGGGCCACAAAGUGUCCAUGGUCAUCGUCCUCCCAGACACUCAGGACGGUCUCGCUCUUCUACAGGAGAGACUGACUCCGUGCAGGCUCUGCGCGCUUCUCUCCAGCCUCAGCAUGGUUAUGGACGUGGAACUGAGCCUUCCCAAGUUCAAAAUCAACAGCAGCGUUGCGCUGAAGGACAGCCUCCGUACGUUAGGUGCGAAGGAGCUGUUCAGCGCUUGCAGCGCUGACCUGUCCGGUAUAUUCCAGACGGGCCGACCGCCGCUCGCCGAUGUGAUUCACAGGACUUUCGUACAGGUCGACGAGGGAGGUAUGGACGCGGCGUGUUGGUGCGCCAUGACGACUUCGGCGGGCUGCGCUUCGUUGCCUUUUUACACCAAACGCUUUGUCGUCGACCAUCCGUUCAUGUUCCUUAUCAAGGCCAACGAACCGGAUGUGAUACUUUCCAUAGGUUCGGUGCGGAAACCGUGA